CGGAAACCCUCUUAGGCUUGGUUUGGUGUCACCCUCCCUGAAGCUCGGCGGCUAAAUUGUGUAUUUUUGAGUUUAUUUUGGUUGAAAAUGCCUCCAAAGAGGAGGAGUAGCCGCAAUGAGCAACAAGCCGACCGGGACAACUUCCUGCAGACCUUUGAAAAACCGACGCAGAUUUAUCGAUACUUGCGGGCGAGGAAUCGUCUUUCGCCAAUUUUCUUGCAUCGCACACUGACUUACAUGCCGCAGAGAAUGUCCAGGAGCCACAAGAGACGCGCCACUUUCAGUGUGGACUCUCUUCUCACUGAAAAGCUGAAGAGCAUCAAGAGAGCCAAUUGUCCGGAUGACUACUUAUCGAUGGUGUUCCUGGGCUUCUUCGAGAAAGCCGUGGACUCAUCCACGACGGUGUCAUCGGAGAGUGUCCGCGUGGAGACAAUGCUGCUCAAGAUCUCCCACAAGAAGCGCAAGGAGAGCUCCUCGUCCAUGCUGAAGACUCUGGGUGUGUCCGAAGUGACUGUGGGCUCUUCGGUGAGUCAGAAGGUGCCCGUGAUGAGCCUCUCGACAGACAUGUUUGACUCCGAGGAGGGUCAGGUGACGCAUAUCUUGCUCUUUAGAGUGCAGACACUCUCCGGAAUCAAGGAUUCCGUUCAGUACGGGACGGAAAUGAUGAUCUUCGACAAGUAUGGUCGUUGCUUGCUCACCGAGGGAGAGUAUCAAUUGACUCUGCAGGAGAUAACUCAGCCUAUAGUGGCGGUGAAUGGGAAGUCUCCGCGGAAGUACUCUUCGUGGGAGAAUCUGUCCAUCUUCACGGCUGAUUCGAGUGUUGAGGAGCCCUUUGAGAAGGCGCCCAUUCUCAAAUUCAUGCUCUACUGGACAGAGAAGCCUCACACGGGCCUGAUGAACUACUCGGAAAUGAACCAACUGACCAGAAGCCCGGAUAUGUCCAACAAGGAGAACAAUCCCAGCAUCUUGGGGCACAACAACAACUUCCAGAUACUGUCGAAGAAUCACAAAGCCAUCGCCAACAGGCACAACAUCUUCGGUAUCCCAGCUAAUAAGUUGCAGAUCGCCUUCCAGUUCGUCUACAACAACGUAUCGCGCCAGAGCACGGAACCCUCUCCGUCGCUGGAGUGUCCCUGGUGUCACGUCAACUGUAUGAGUCUGUACUCGCUGCUGAAGCACUUGCAGCUCUGCCACUCGCGUUUCAUCUUCAACUUCGUGCAGAUGGGAAAUGUGGCGCGCAUCGAUGUGAGCAUCAAUGACAGCUUCGAUGGGUCCUACAUGGGCUCACCGCACGAUCUCGUGGGUCCCGCGGGCUUCGCCUUCACGCGCUCCGGGCCCGUGAGGCGCACCUCAGUGACGCACAUUCUGGUGUGCCGACCGAGGCGUCUCAAGCCCUCACUCAGUGAGUUUGUGGAGUUGGAGGAGAAUGAGCUGAACGGCCAGCGACCGUACAUCACGGGGCACAAUCGCCUGUAUCACCACACGAUGACAUGCUUGCCGGUGCAUCCCAAGGAGCUGGAUAACGACUCAGAGGGCGAGUGCGAUCCGCCGUGGCUGCGCAAGAAGACCAUGCAGAUGAUCGAUGAGUUCACGGACGUGAAUGAGGGUGAGAAGGAGCUCAUGAAGCUGUGGAAUCUGCACGUCAUGAAGUACGGUUACGUUGGAGACUGCCAAAUACCGCUAGCGUGUGAUAUGUUUGUGGAACUGAAGGGACAUGAGAUCAUCAAGAAGAAUCUCUAUCGCAAUUUCGUCCUGCACAUGUGUUCACUGUUCGACUAUGGACUCGUGUCGCCAGACUCCUUCUACAAGACGACACAGAAGUUGGAGACGAUGAUCCUCAAUGACUACAAGAAUGGGAAGGAAGUGUUCACGGAUGCGCGACGCGAUCAUCUCGACUAUUGGAGUAAGUUUGGUGUUCAGAGGCACUUUCAGCAGCAGAAGCUGUGCCCCAAGGAGGAGCGCAAGGGCGAUGGGAAGGGGAAGGAUGUGAAGGAGGAGGGAAAGGACAAGGAUUCGUUCCAGAAGCCCAAGUCUGAGUGCCGCGGCGUGGCCAUCAAGUCGGCAUCUAAUGCGAUGUCGCAGAAGCGCAGAGUGUCCGGCUCCAGGACGAGUGAGGAUGGGAAGAGGAGGUUCUCAGAUAGAGAUGGUCCCGCCUCGCCGCCGCGCCGCAGGAGCGCCGGGUCCGCGUGGACGACCAAUGGCGGAACGGAGAAGCGUGCCAGGAUGGAGCUGAACCGGAGGAAGUCCCUGGGAGGGACGAAUGCGUCCAAGACACGCCUGUCGGUGUCACUUACCAAAGUCGAUAAGGAGCUGGGAAGCAGGAAAUGAUGCGUUGAACACCUUCGGCUAUUUAUUAUCUCUACGUUUUCCGUGUAGAAUCAAAUGUUUCUUUUUUUUUAUUAUCUCUUAUUAGUUCUCGCUCUCUGGCCAGAGUGAGCAAAAUGAAGUGAAUUUUUCCAACCCUUAUAAACCCUUAAUUGCGGUCAGUUACUUUGAACGCUUUGAAAUGUAUAGAAUAGAAUUCCAACUUAAUCUCUGGAGUGCUUAAGAAAAGUUGCUCUGCUUUGCUGUUAAUUCAUAUAAAUUUCAAUGUUCUAAAAAAAAUACAUCGACGGUUUUCACAUGAAGUACAAAAAGAAGAGAAGAAGCAGAAAUGGUCCAAAUAUUUGAAUGAAGAAAUUUCAGAACCAAACUCUGUUGAAAGCAAUAUACAAAAUGAAAUAUCUUGGUGAGGUUCAAAUUUCGAGAACAAGUAUUUGGAAGUGUGAAAUUCAAGCAAUAAAUAUUCAAAUUCCGCCUUAGCUCUGAGGAAUUGCCUUUCAUGCUUAUACAAAACAUGUUCGCAUUUGGCCAGUAGAGGUUUAUAGGAAUUCAUUCCAAUUUAUUGUUUAGUUGAAGACUUUCACAAAAAAAGAAA